AGAAAGGGUCAGAGCAAAUGCCAUUUCAUCUAUUUUUAUAGCAUUGACUGUGUGGGGGAAAAGAAUGGGUAGUUUGUUUUUAUCUCCUUCUGUUCAGACUGAUACCAGACACUUAAAUUGACAGUAUAUGAUGACUGGCCUAUCUCCUCCUGCCAACCCUUACUUUAUUUCUCGACCCAUCUACUCUAAACGAGCCUUUGAUGAGGAACAUGAGAAGCUGUUGCUGGAAAGCAGGACCUUCAAGGAGAAACUCACCACUUCCUGCAGAUGCUCUAGCAGCAAGGUCAAACCUGCUCUUAAGGGACUUUUCCCAAUCCUGGAUUGGCUGCUCAAGUAUCCAGUAAAGCUGUGGCUUGCUAGUGAUAUCAUAUCAGGAGCCAGCACAGGGUUAGUGUGCUGUUUACAAGGCUUGGCUUAUGCAUUGCUGGUGUCUGUUGGUCCUGUAUAUGGUCUCUAUGCUGCUUUCUUCCCAAUCCUGACCUAUUUUUUUCUGGGAACCUCUCGACACAUAUCAGUGGGUCCAUUUCCAGUUACCUGCCUGAUGGUGGGCUCUACGGUUUUGACUCUUGCUCCUGAUGAGCAGUUCAUUCGACCUGGAAAUGGGAGCACUAUAAAUGGGUCAUGGGUGGGCACAGAGGAAGUGGAUGUUAAUGCAAUGGAAGCCAAAAGAAUUGUAAUAGCCUCGACUAUGACUGUACUAAUUGGAUUGUUCCAGUUGGCAAUGGGAAUGCUCCAUGUGGGCUUUUUGGUGCGCUACCUGUCUGAUCCACUGGUAGGAGGCUUUACCACAGCGGCUGCUUUCCAUGUGUUUAUCUCUCAACUCAAAAUGGUUGUGUCUGUUCCCACCCACAGUCACAAUGGCUUCUUCUCAAUUGCCUAUAAUCUCAGUGAUGUGUUUCGCAAUAUUAAGCAAACCAAUGUGGCUGACCUGGUUGCUGGUUUACUGGCCAUAAUUAUGGUGGUGGUAGUAAAAGAGAUCAACACCAAAUUUCAGCAUAAGAUUCCAGUGCCAGUCCCCAUUGAAGUGAUUGUGACAGUGAUUGCUACAGGAAUCUCCUAUGCAGUGGAUCUUAAAUCCCACUAUGGGGCCAAUAUUGUUGACAGUAUUCCAAGAGGGUUUGUUCCAGCACACUUUCCAAGUAUAGAGCUCUUUGGAGAUAUUGUGGGCUCCAGUUUUUCUACUGCAGUGGUGGGAUAUGCUGUAUCAGUAUCAGUGGCUAAAGUCUAUGCAUCAAAGCAUGAUUAUAAAAUUGAUGGUAAUCAGGAAUUAAUAGCCUUUGGAAUUAGCAACAUUUUCUGUGGCUGUUUCUCAGGCUUUGUUGCUACCACUGCACUCUCCCGUACAGCAAUCCAGGAGGGCACAGGGGGCAAGACGCAGGUGGCAGGGUUAAUCUCAGCUCUGAUGAUGCUUAUAGUAAUUAUGGGCCUAGGGCCUCUACUGCAACCACUGCAGAAGUCAGUGUUGGCUGGUAUAGUCAUUGCAAACCUGAAGGGUAUGUUCAUGCAACUCAAAGAUGUGCCCAUACUGUGGAGACAGAACAGGACAGACUGUUAUAUUUGGGUGUUUACAUGCAUUGCCUGCAUCUUGCUGGGGUUGGAUGUGGGUUUGCUGACUGGCAUAGUGUUUGAGCUUGGAACAGUGGUGAUCAGGACACAGUUCCCUUCCUGUUCGACCCUUGGGAAUAUACCAGACACUGACAUCUACAAGAAUAUGAAAGACUACAAAAAUAUUAAUGGAAUUUCUGGAAUAAAGAUUUUCAAAUGCAACUCACCCAUAUAUUUUGCCAACAUUGACUAUUUCAAAGAGCAGUUACGAGAUGCUGUGGGAUUUGAUGCUGUGCAGGUCUUCAAGAAGAGAAACAAAGCAUUAAAAAAGAUUCACAAACUAGUUAAAAAGGGAACUCUGAAAGUCACUGAGAGUGGCUUGGUGUCAGUUGACCCUCUAGGUGUGGUUAAUGAGGGGUUUGAGAGUAAGCGAGACCCCGAGCAGGUGGAACAUGGACCACAGCAGGAAGUGAAGAAUGAAGCUCAAAGAGAUGUGGAUGUGGAGGUGCAAGUGGAUUGGACGGCUGCACUGCCAGUAAAUGUCACAGUCCCUAAAGUCAACAUCCACAGCUUGGUGAUGGACUUCACUGCAGUCUCCUUCCUGGAUGUGAUGGCUGCAAAGUCCCUCAAACUGGUCAUAAAGGAAUUUAUACGUAUUGGCGUCAACGUCUAUAUUGCCGGCUGUGAUGAUGAGACAGUCAGGAGGAUGGAGUCCCUGUGUUUCUUUGAUGAUUUGGUGACCAGAGACCUACUCUUUCUCUCUGUCCAUGAUGCCAUCCUUUUUAUUAAGCUGGACACCUCAAGAGGGAUUAUAUCAGACCCAAUAGCAGAUAAGAUAUCACAAAUGCAGGAUGACAAGGCACCACCACCGUUCACUGAAGAUGAAAACCAGAUUGAGACCUAUGACAACCAGCACCUGGCUAUUCAUGAACUCUCAGUCUGAGUAUAAGUAAAUUGAUUGAGUUGUUGGACUCAUUGCAAAGAAUGUGCGCUGGUCCUCCUGUCCGAAUGCGAGGAGACGGACCGAGGACCUUAAAUGACCCCAGGAGAAGUGACUGGACCAUUUCUCUGUAUAUGUGUAACCACACAAUACAAAGCAGUAAAUAAUGUAAGAAUGUGAAAAAAAUAUUUUAGCCACAUAGAACUUUUAGUGAUUAAAAUCAUCAUUUUUGAAUUUGGUAAUAAAGAUUAAAUUCGAAUUG